AUGGCAGGAACUGCAGCCAACUCUAUUCCUUCGCAAAAAGGUAAUACAACAACCGAUGGCGGCAAAAAAUCUCAGCCACAAGGUGGUCUGCCGACGCCCGAGACUACCCCUGAGCCCGACGUUGCUAGAACUGAAGCCGAUAAGGCUAGAAGAGAGAAAGAAGUAGAAGAUGAAAUCAAACGCAUCAUCGGUAGUAAUUCCGAUACCAUUAUUCUUGGAGUUGAGGCGAGUUCAUCUGAAAACGAUCGUAUUCGUGCCUGGCAAAAGCUUGGGUGCAAGAUCCACCCAGAUUAUUGUGGCUAUACGGAUAAGGGGAAGAGCGAAAAAGAGAGGUUGGAGUACAAAAUUAUAAACAAAAAAGCAUUCAAUAAACUUGCAAAAGCUGCUGAAGAACUUGAUGUUGAAGAUAGGUGGAUUAGUCAAGUGAACCUGUGGGAUGGGACCAAAGACCUCCUGGCAGAAUCGCUGGAUGAUGACGGCGGAAGUGAGGCUAGUGGGGACCCUGACUCUGAAAUGAAUGAGGACCCGAUCGCGGAACCCCCUGAGCGAGUGAUUCAGAUUUAUGAACAGGCAACGCCCUUUGUCCAGAAGCUUGCUGAGGAUCCUAAUGAUUCUGACGCCAACAACGGACUUAUGGCGCUAAAUAACGAGAUCUUAGGAGGUAAUAUUGCUCAUAAUGCGCAGUAUGAUGGCCAAGAAAACAUGCAAGUUUCUCAGCAACAAUGGGAAAUUCCAAUAGCCUUUUUCCAGCAACACUACACAAUGAUCCAGAAAGCCUUAGCUCUUGUCAGGGCCAAUCCCAAUGAUGAGGGAGCGAGAAAACAAGCCGAGACAGAACGGGAUCUGAUUAAGCUGCUUGUUCAGAGAAAUCACUUUCCCAAUGCCUGGAUGUUGACGGUCGAGUUACCCGCCAAAACUGUGACGCCACCUCCGCCGGACAGAAGCUCUACAUCUGCCAGCAUCAACUACCCGUGGCCCACACUACCGACUGAUGACGGACUCAUCGUGGGCGUAAGAGAGCGAAAAAUUGGUGGUGCUCUAGUGUGCAUUGAGACCAACAAAGGCGACCGUUUAAUAAGGAGACUCGAGAGCGCUGCGGAUUUCGGACAAGCCAAAGUAGACGAAUACAUGAAAAUGCCAGGCUAUAAAUCGCUAUCCAACACCAACAUAAAGUUAUAUCGCAAGGAUGAGGCCAGACUUAAGAACCUGCAUUGGGUUACAAUGUCAGUAAUCCAGAAUAAGAACACCGCUAAGGGCAAAAUGGAUCCACCAACAUAUUGCUGCGUGGAGCUUGACUCGCAGUUAGAAAUACUCACAUUGUCAAAUGUGUGUAAUGCGCUAGGGAGGAAGAAUGGUCGAGCAGCAAUAGAGAGGGUCUGCGAAGAUCAUGGUAUACCCGCACCAUGGAAUAGGCUGCCACAGAAUACGUACCACAAGUCCGACAGGGACGGACCUAAGAAGCCCGCGGCGGAGAGAUGGGCCGAGGUUGAUUCCUUGGUGGCUCCGGCGCACGGUACAUUCGUCAAUAAUCCCUCGAACGGCGGUGGCUUGACCGACCCCCGUGUUGAUGUAAUGGCCGACAAACUAGACAGGUUGGAAAAGACUGUGGCCAAUUUGGUAGGCGUAUUCCAGAAACUUGCUGAAGGCGGUCGCAUCGAGUCGUCCAUGUUCGUGACUUCGUGA